CUGUUGCUCUGCUUCUUCCUCAAACCAUCCAACGCCAACACACAACUCUGCUGCUGUCCAUGACCUCGCAAGGGUAUAUACCCAGUUACUUAGACAAGGAUGAGCUAUGUGUAGUAUGUGGGGACAAAGCCACCGGAUAUCAUUAUCGCUGCAUCACUUGUGAAGGUUGCAAGGGAUUUUUUAGAAGAACCAUUCAGAAAAACCUCCAUCCAACCUAUUCCUGUAAAUAUGAAGGAAAAUGUGUGAUAGACAAAGUAACAAGAAAUCAGUGCCAGGAAUGUCGCUUCAAAAAAUGUAUCUUUGUUGGCAUGGCAACAGAUUUGGUGUUGGAUGACAGCAAGCGGUUGGCAAAGAGGAAGCUGAUAGAAGAAAAUCGAGAGAAGAGACGUCGGGAAGAGCUGCAGAAAACAAUUGGGCACAAACCAGAGCCAACAGAUGAGGAAUGGGAGCUGAUCAAAAUUGUCACUGAAGCACAUGUGGCCACCAAUGCACAAGGAAGCCACUGGAAGCAAAAAAGGAAAUUUCUGCCAGAAGACAUUGGUCAAGCACCAAUAGUUAAUGCCCCAGAAGGUGGGAAAGUGGAUUUAGAAGCCUUCAGCCAGUUUACAAAAAUUAUCACACCAGCGAUUACAAGAGUGGUGGAUUUUGCCAAAAAGUUGCCUAUGUUUUGUGAGCUGCCAUGUGAAGACCAGAUCAUCCUUCUGAAAGGCUGCUGUAUGGAGAUAAUGUCCCUCCGAGCAGCAGUUCGCUAUGACCCCGAGAGUGAGACUUUAACGCUAAAUGGGGAGAUGGCGGUGACGAGGGGCCAGCUGAAAAAUGGGGGUCUUGGCGUAGUGUCUGAUGCCAUUUUUGACCUGGGCAUGUCUCUUUCUUCAUUUAACCUGGAUGACACCGAGGUUGCCCUUCUUCAGGCUGUUCUGCUCAUGUCGUCAGAUCGCCCAGGCCUUGUUUGCGUCGAGAGGAUAGAAAGUCAAGAGGGUUUCCUCCUGGCAUUUGAACACUACAUUAAUUACAGAAAACACCAUGUUGCACACUUUUGGCCAAAACUGCUGAUGAAAGUGACAGAUCUGCGAAUGAUUGGAGCCUGCCAUGCCAGCCGCUUCCUGCACAUGAAGGUGGAGUGCCCCACAGAACUCUUCCCUCCAUUGUUUCUGGAGGUGUUUGAGGAUUAGAGAGACUGGAGCAGUCCUCCGCACCCCUGUCGCACUACUGGCUGUCAUGUCAUUCCAUUGCCCAGCUCUUCUCACCCUUGUUUGUUCUUCUUUUGUUCUCUUCUGAUUCUUGAGGCGGGGUUGGGUUUUUGUUUUUGUUUGUUUGUUUGUUUGGGGUUGCUGGGGGCAAUUGCAUACACAUGGAUGAAAACAUCCCUUUAAUGCAGGUACUUGUGACUAUUGCAGUUUGUUCUUCGGUCCUUUGAUGUGAAUGCUUUGACAGCUUAACAGUGAAAAUACAGACAGACCAGUCUCAUUCACCAGCACUUGCGUGGUCACCAGCUCACAUGCAUCAUUGCUUGGAAGUUAUGGGAGAUUAAUUGAAGUGGCAGAAAAUAAAUUGGCCUCCAAGUUAAA